CGACAAGGGUGACAGCACAAAUAUCGAGCUCCCAUGCUGUUCAGUCAUCGUCUUCGCUGUUGUCAGAUGCCACCAUGAAUCCUCCUUACCAUCAUAAUGACUCCUUCUCCAUGUUGGGUAACCACCUUUAUCCCGAGACUGGAUUUCUCGAUACCAGCAACAUUGAGCCACAGGUGUCACCCGUGGGCGACCGUAAUGGCGUAGCACAUUCAUCCGGCGAUCUGUCGAGGAAUGACGCGCCCAACUCAAGCAUCGACGAAUCAUCUCCCGCAUGGCUGGGACUGCUGAAGCAACAAGUGCAGUUAAUGAUUGAGAUAAAAAAAUCGAUCUUGAGCAGUCAAGAAGAGAUUAGAAAAUUGCUCUUGAGCAGUCAAGAAGAGUCAAGGAGGAGAGAGGCAAAGUUCACGAAGCAAUUAGAGGAUUUGGAGCGGGCCAUAAGAAGAUUACAAGAUCAUGUCAAAAACCAUGGAUCGGAACCACCACAACGAAGACCAUACCCGUACCCUAACCCUAACCGGCCAGACAGGCAUCGAGGGCCUGUUCCACCUCAAUACCCUGAUCCGUAUGGUUCUCUUUCUGCACAAGAACAGCUAUGGGGCCCAAAUCUCUACUAAAGGCAUCGCGUAUUUCAUGAAUCUUCGCAGAAGCUAUGGCC